CUGUUAUAAUCUACCUAGUUACGACUAUAUGUAGCGUCUUCUCUUUAUUAAACAAGAGUUGGAUUUAAGUUUGCUUUCAAUAAGAAAAGCUUGUUAUAGCUCACCACUGGCACAUAGAAUCCAACCUUAAUAUAUCAAACAUAGCAUGGCUUGGAUAUUAACCACUCUAGCCUUGAUUGCGCUCGCUUUCUUCCUCCGAGCUUGGCUGUCGAAAAGAAAGAUCAAGGACGGCAAGUUACCCCCAGGGCCAAUAGGAUUUCCUAUAUUUGGUUGCUUACAUUUGCUAGGGAAGUUCCCUCACCAUGACUUGCAUCAACUAGCAAAGAAGUACGGCCCUAUCAUGUAUAUGCGGUUAGGCUUGGUGCCUACUGUAGUUGUCUCAUCGCCUCAGGCUGCCGAAUUGAUUCUUAAGACCAAUGACCUCGUGUUUGCUAAUAGGCCACCAAAUGAGGCUGCGAAGCAUAUCUCUUACGAGCAGAAGAGCUUAUCAUUUGCUCCAUAUGGCACUUAUUGGCGCAACGUGCGCAAGAUGUGUACCCUUGAGUUGCUUAGCAACCAUAAAAUAAAUUCUUUCAUGUCCACGAGGAAAGAAGAGCUUGACCUCUUGAUUGACUACAUUAAAGAUGCUUCUCGUGAGCGUGUUGCUGUUGAUAUUGGUUCCAAGGUCUCAUCUCUAAGCGCUGACAUCAGUUGUAGGAUGGUUUUUGGAAAGAAAUACUUGGAAAGGGAAUUUGAUGAGAAGGGGUUCAAACCAGUGAUUCACGAGGGCAUGCGUUUAGCAGCUAGUUUUAACCUGGGUGAUUACAUCCCUCCAAUUGCAAUUCCUCAUCCCAGGUUUGCUGGGAGUAACAUAGAUGUUCGUGGACGCGAUUUCCAGCUUCUCCCCUUUGGGUCAGGGCGCAGGAGCUGCCCUGGAAUGCAUUUGGGACUAACCAUGGUUCGGCAAAUUGUGGCACAGCUGGUGCAUUGCUUUGAUUGGGAGCUUCCUAACAAUAUGUUGCCGGAGGAAUUGGACAUGACUGAAGCGUUUAGUCUUGUAACCCCGAGAGCAAACCAUCUGUGCGCCACUCCUACCUAUCGCCUUCACCUCUGA